AUGGGGUGGUCAGUCCUAGCAUCGGUAGCAACCGCGGUGGCGAUAGUAUCUCUGACAUACCUUUACAGUGGGGUCGACGCUGAUUCAGUCCCCCGCAAGUGGUCCACCCCCACGCCACAACCCCCCCGCGACGCUCCCCAUGCCGCCGUCCCGCCGCCAUACACGGCCUCGUCAGUCACGGGCGCAGUAAUACAGAUGGACGCAUCACAUCACCUAUCAGACGGCUCUACCACCAAUAGCAACCUCCUAGCCGUUGAUAUCAAGGGCCAGGGCCCCGUGCCUUUCAGCGUGGCUCGGUGGAACCCGGGGGACCUGUCGCCGAGGCUCGGGCCGAGGCGGCCGUACUCGCAGCCGAACCUGGCGAUUCUGAUGGAGAUGCGCGGGUUUGACACGGAUGACCCGGAGAAUGCUGCCGUGCAGGCGUGGAGUCCGAGCAUCAACAUGGGCGUGAUGAUGGCGAGUGUGGCGCUGAAUGGGCAGCAGUGGAACAGGUCCAAGCCCGUAUUCUACGGCACAGUGGCAUGUGCCACGUCAUCAAGGGCCUAUGGUUACAACAUGGAUGAUGGGACGUUCACCAACAAGGAGCCAAAUCUCGACAUCACAGUAGGGCAAGCGGGAGCAGAGGAGGAGGGAAGCAUCGACGUGGCCAUUGCAUGGUUCCCCUACUAUCAAGGCUGGAUCGGCGGCUAUCUGAAUGCACCAGACCCACCAGCGUACCGCCCCUCGUCUCGCUCCUCCUGGACCAGCUGGGGUUCUUUCUCCUCCGCCCUGCCUGCUGAUGCCAACGAGGUGCUGUCAUGGCAGCACAUGGGCGCCACUCUGCGCCUGCCACACACGCAUCCAUCCCAGGGGAUGCUCUUCCUGCUCAACUCCUAUUCCGGCCCGGAGAACAAUGACCUCAACAUAAUGAGCACUUAUCCCACCUCAGAUGGCGCAUGGUGGGUGCAGGUGCGCAAGGACAGCACAGACAGUGCAGAUGAUCUAGCGCCGCCUUCUCAGGCCUCCUUUGCAUUCGUCUACAUCCCUUACAAUGCUGCCGGCCUAAUCGGAGCCCACAUAGAGGGCAGGUCCGGCACACCAAUCAUAGGCGUGGGACAGUUCCGAAGCUGGAGGUUAGGCCCGGGGCGAUACGAGCUGCACGUGGUGCCCAUGGGACGGCACUAUGCCGAAGCAGAGCCUAUCACACACAAGGACGGAGCGCUGCUGCUGCAGGUGAUGAGCCACGACACAGCCAACCACGAGCACGCACAGCACGCCUUCCUCUCCUACGACAUUGCUGCUAACGGAUCCAUCUAUGUGGAGGCACGGAGCAUGCGCAAGGGGGGCAACGGUGAGGAGUUGUUCUACCUUGUCGACACAGACUUCGCAUUUGCAUGGAUUGAUUUUCGCAACCCCAUCACACCGAACCCACUCACCUUCACAGGCCGCCUACCCCAGAUGAUCCAGGAGACAGACUUCUGGAGCGGUCUCUUUGUCACUGUCUUCGUCUACUCGCUGCUCCUCCUCGCGGGCGGCCUCUAUCUCCUCUACACCACCCGCCUGCGCCGCACUGCUGCGCUAGCCUUUGAGCGGCUCAGCACGACCGACUCCCUCCCCUCGCACUUCCCCCUUGGGGAAACGGCUAGUGAAACUCGGCGUGGGCUCGCUGGGAGUGCUGGUGGUGCCAGGGAAGGGGUAGAUUCUAGUGAAGAUGAUAGCAUCACAGGGGCUUUGCUGGGCGGGCAGGAGCAGCAGCAGCAGCAGCAGCAGCAGCAGGAGCAUGGGGGUGGGGCCUCUCAGCCGCUGUCGCCUCUGCUGGAGUUGGAUGAGGAUGAUAGUGCGGAAGAGAGAGAGCAGGGGAAAACGGGCAGUGGAGCAACAUCCGCUGCUAUGGCUCCUGCUCCUUCUGCGGCUGGCAGCGCUAAGGGGACAAACUAG